CGUAUGGUAUCAUAGCCCUUCCCCGACCCUCCCUUAUAUUCUCUCAUCCAAACCCUAAAACCUUUCAUUUCGACCCUCUUUUCAAUUUCUACUCUCCGUCUCUCUCUCUCUCUUUCUCUCUCUCUCUCUCUCUCUCUCACAUCGAUCAAUGGAGUUCUGGGGUGUUGAAGUUAAAAGUGGAAAUCCUGUUUCAGUGGUACCGGGUGAUGGCAAGGUUUUGCAUCUUUCACAGGCUUGUCUUGGUGAGGUCAACAACAAAGGGAAUGAGUAUGUUUGCCUGUUUUUGAAUAUUGAUGGCCAGAAGCAUGUUAUUGGAACACUCAAUUCUGAAAAGUUGCCUCAACAAGUAUUUGAUUUGGUGUUUGAAAAAGAAUUUGAGCUGUCCCACAACUGGAAAAAUGGCAGUGUCUACUUUAUUGGAUAUAAAGCGGAGAAUCCAUUUGAUAAUUCUGAUGAGGAAGAUGGUUCUGAUUCUGAUGAUGAUAUUCUACCUGUUGCUGUGGACAAUGGAAAAGCCGUGUCAAAUGCAAAGGAAGAGAAACCUGCUGCAGCUGAGAAGGUCAAUACUAUGUCUAAACAAAAGGUGAAGAUUGUGGAACCGAACAAAGAUGAGAAACCAAAAGAAGAUGAUGAUAGUAGUGAUGAAUCUGAUGAAUCGGAGACAGGCGAGACUGAUAGUGAUGAAGACUCGGAAGAUGAUGAGAGCGACGAUGAGAGCGAUGAAGAGACACCAAAGAAGGUUGAAAUUGGCAAGAAGAGAGCUGCUGAAUCUGCUAGCAAAACACCUGGUACUGAUAAGAAGGCAAAAUUGGUCACUCCUCAAAAAACAGAUGGCAAGAAAAGUGGUGGCCAUGUGGCAACGCCUCACCCUUCGAAGCAGGCUGGUAAGACUCCUGCUAACCAGCCAAAGCAGCAGACUCCAAAAUCCGCUGGUUCACAUCCUUGCAAGACUUGCAACAAGUCAUUCAAUUCUGAUCAAGCACUACAAUCACACACAAAGGCUAAGCACAGCGCUGCGAAGUAACUGGUUUUAAAGAGAAUGCUGCAAAGUCUUGCAUGAGUUUUGGCUACCUUAUUUGGGGUAUGGAUUGAAAAGAAGCUAGCUAUUUGUUAGGUUUUAUUAUAUUCUCUCUUUUUUAGGGUACUACUAACUUGUUCCAAUUAUAUGGGCAAAGGUUGGUGAAUGGUUUUGGUAUUAUAUAUCUGAUGUUUUCUGCGCUCUGAUUCCUUUGGUUUGGUAUGGAUAGUUGGUAUGGAUGGUCAGUAACGAACAUACACAUUUAAAAAAUAUAUGGAGCAAAUUAUCUUUCAGAUAUAUAUAUGUUUGUUUGUUUUUGUGUGUUA